GGGUGGUUGGUGUUGCAGCAACUUGGUGGGUGGCUCCAGCUCCUCCUGGCUGAUGCCACUGUGCCAGGAGAUGUGAUUGGCGGGGCGGCGGCGUGAUGGUUUCCCACCGCGGACACGGUGCGUGGAGGCGUCUGGCGGCAGCUGCCCCCACACAAGCUUUGCUGUCUGUUUGCAGGGGUUGUGUGGCCUUGCGGGGUGGUUUUCCUGCUUCUGUGCUGGGUAGGUAAACAGAUGGGGGAGGAAGAGAGGCCCCCGUCCCCUCCCUGUUGGAGCAGUCAGGCCGUGUGUCCAGCAUGGUGACCCGGUGAUGUCGUGGCGUCAGGCAGCUCACUGCAGAGGGCUCCGAUGUCAGGUGUCUGCCCUGUGCCCAGGAAGACGAGCUGCACCGAGGAGAGCGAGGGGGCGGGCUCGCACCUUGCCACUCACAGCUGACUCCGUGCUUGCCGAGUGUGGGAGCAACAGCGCUGAUCCUGUCUCCAUGGUUCUGUGGAAGUAAAAUAACGGACGGGCAGCGCCGAGACGUGGCUCAGAUCGGGGCGUAGGGACCAGGUUCCUUCCGCACCACAGGGCCUGGCGCAACCCCACUCGGCCCUGCCUCCAGCUUUGGAGGGGCUGGGUCUGUGCCCCUACUGCUUGGACUGGGGGCAGCGCCCAGUCCCCAGCCCCCUACGCUAGAGACGAGCAGAGCCAGACACUAGUUACCGUGUGAGAAGAGGCUUUAUUCAGUGACGCUACCACCGGGAGGAGCUGAGCUCCCUGAGAUGUGUGCAGAGGGCUGCUGAGUGUCCGGCCCGGUGGCCACCGCCUGUUGUGUCUCCUGCAGACAGCAGCCGGGCCCAUCCUCUCUGAGGAUUCCAGUUCUGGGGUGGAGGGGACACGCGUCACAGUUGUCAGCUGUCUUCAGUAGUGACGCGAAGAAAGGGGGGCAGGUCCUGUGGUCAUGUGCCAACAGGACAGUCAGUGGUCCCUGCGGGUGGAGCUUUCUCAGGCAGGUGCUGCCAGGGGCUGCGGUCCUAGGAGCCACGCCAGCGUUGGGUCACCUCUCAGGACAGGGGCCUGGACAGCAUCUGUAGGACGAACACCUCUGUGGUUCUCGCCUUCCUUUGCCAGGGACUGGUCAGCACCACCGGGACUGGUCAGCACCACCCUCCCAGCGCCCAGCCGAGGGGCCACUUCUGCAGAAAAUCUCCCGACUACAAGUCCAUCCUGAGCAUUAGUGACGAGGCCGCCAGGGUGCAGGCCCUGAACGAGCACCUGAGCACGCGUAGCUAUGUCCAGGGCUACUCCCUGUCCCAAGCAGACGUGGACGUGUUCAGGCGGCUCUCGGCCCCUCCCGCGGACACGCGGCUCUUCCACGUGGCUCGGUGGUUCAGGCACAUAGAAGCCGUGCUGGGCGGCGUCCCCGGCUGCGGUGAGCCCCGUGGGCUCCAGACAACACUGCUCUGUCGAAGGAAAGGCGGAAGACCAAGGGUGAGCUGCUCUGGGAUUGGAUGGGGUGCCUGCCCAUCUCUGACGUCAUGGCCGGCUUCCUGGCGCUGCACGCUUUCGCGUGUAGUUUUGGAAGUCCUCCCGUGAAAUUCUUCCGGUGGGUGUUGCGCUUCAUUCAUCCGGCGACCAUGGUCCUGCGAGCGGCUCUCGCGCUGCCGCUGCUGCUUUGGGCUCAGCUGACGGUGACCAACUCAACCGACUUGAUUUCCAAGCAGGGCCAGGGACCCCACAGCCUGACGACUCAGUGCGUGACUGGCGAGUACUGGACCGGCAGGCACUGCUGCAAGUGCUGCCCCGCCGGCGAGUAUGUCCAUGAACCGUGCUGGAGCCCGCACACCCAAGGCAAGUGCGUGAAGUGUGACAGAGGGAUGUUCACAGCGUUCCCCAACGGCCUGGAUUCCUGUUUCCCGUGUGCCACCUGUUCCCAAGACCAAGAAGUGUUGGGGGAGUGUAAUUCGACCAGUGACCAGAUAUACCGGUGUAAAACAGGCCAAUUCUACCAGCUCCCGGAACUGCAUGAAUUCUGCAGAUGGUGCAGCAGGUGUCCCCAAGGGCAUGUCGUCCUACAUAAAUGCAACUCUACGGCUGACACAGUGUGCGGCGUGCCUGACCCGGAGCACAGAUCCAGAUCCCGGCUAUCCUUCCUCGGGGCCAUCUGUCUCGUAGUUGGCAUGGGUAUAGCCUUUUUCUGGUACACGUGCCAUCAUCCCUGUAAAGGUAUGUACCAUUGAGUUAGAGCCAUUAGAUGGGGUGAGUGACGGCCCGGGCUGCAGGCAAGUCCUGGGACCCCUGAGUUAGGACAGGGCUGGGCCUUUCCUCGUCAGCACUUGGUUGUCAUCAGCUGAGGCUCCUCUUACCCCACGGAGUGGCCGAAAAGGGGGGACACUCGCCUGGAAGUGACCACACUGCAGUCACGGCAGAGCCCCAGGCUGAGGCUGAGGGACUGGCACGGCUGGAUUACGGGAUCCCUAACGCAUCCGUUAAUGGGGUGCCAGCUCCAUCUCAGAGGCAGACCUGGGCUGGGGCAGGGUGUGUCCGGCAGGCGCAGUGGGGAGGAGCCGGGAGCUGCUGGGACUAAAUGGCAGCUGGGUGCUC